AUGGAUGCCGGCACUGUGCGCAGGGUCUCGCUCUGUUCCCGUCGGGCCGGUCCCCUCCCGGGAGCUCCCUUCUGCCUCCGCACGUUCGGCCAGCUGAAGCUGUCCAUCGAGGUGCGGGGCCGGACGCUGGUGCUGCACGUCAUGGAAGCAAAAGGUCUGAUGGGAACAGAGUGCCGUGCGUGUGACUCCUAUGUGAAGAUGUCCAUUGUGCCAGAUGCUGACUGGAAGUGCAGGCAAAAGACGAAGACUGUGCCAGACAGCAAAAAUCCUGUGUUCCACCAGCACUUUGUGUUCCCAGUGCAAGAUGAGGAUGAGCAGAAGCGUCUCCUGGUCACAGUCUGGAACAGAGAGAGGAAUUCCAGGCAGAGUGAACUGAUCGGCUGCAUGAGCUUCGGUGUGAAGUCCCUCCUGUCCCUGGACAAGGAGAUCAGCGGCUGGUAUUACCUCCUCGGGGAGGACCUGGGCAGGACCAAGCACCUGAAGGUGGCCAUGAGGAGGCUGAAGCAGAGCACAGGUGUGUCCCACCACGGGAAUAUCCCAGGGGAUGCUCCUGUGUCAGAGCCUGUGGCCAGACUGCCAGGCGGCUCCGGUGUCUCCCUGCAGAUCACGAUCCCUCGCGGCAGUGAUGGCUUUGGCUUCACGAUCUGCUGCGACUCCCCAGUCCGUGUGCAGGCAGUGGAUUCUGGUGGCCCAGCAGAGAAGGCAGGUCUGCAGCAGCUCGACACGGUGCUGCAGCUGAACGAGCAGCCUGUGGAGCACUGGAAAUGUGUGGAGCUGGCACACGAAAUCCGGAACUGUCCCACGGAGAUCAUCCUCCUGGUGUGGAGGCUGGUGCCUCAGGUGAAGCCGGCCCACGAGGGCAUGACCCGCAGGUCCUCCUGCAAAUCCACCUACGACCUUCAGUCCCCUCCCAACAAGCGGGAGAAGAACGGCCCCGCGCAGGUGGAGCAGCGCCGCAGCUGCCACAUCCUCUACGAUGGCACCGAGGGGCUGGGGCUGCACACCUGGGACAGGUACACCGAGCUGGGCAAGAGGGGCCAGAGCACCCUGCCAGCCCUGUCCCGGGUGCCCUCUGCUGCAGACCAGAACUACAUCAUCCUGGCUCCUCUGAACCCCGGCAGCCAGCUGCUGAGGCCCGUGUACCAGGAGGACGGCACUACUCUCCCUCCUCAUUCUGUGUUUCCUUCUGCCUCCUCUGUCCACGCAGGGAAUGGCUGUAAAGGGAAAUCCCACACGGGCUCUGGGAGGAAAUCCAGGCUGAUGAAGACUGUGCAGACCAUGAAGAGCUAUGGGAACUACCAGAACUGCACCAUAGUGAGGCCUCACAUCCCCCAUUCCUACGGCACCUACGUGACCCUGGCUCCCAAAGUGCUGGUGUUCCCCAUCUUUGUGCAGCCCCUGGAUCUUUGCAACCCAGCCCGGACUCUGCUGCUGUCAGAGGAGCUGCUCCUUCACGAGAGCAGAAACAGGACUACACAGGUGACUCUCUUUGUCUACUCCGACCUGCUGCUCUUCACCAAGGAGGACGAGCCCGGGCGCUGCAAUGUGCUGAGGAACCCUCUGUACCUGCAGAGUGUCAAGCUCCAGGAGGGUGAGUGUUCAGAAGAUCGCAAGUUCUGCAUCCUUUACCUGGCAGAGAAGUCGGAGUGCUUAUUAAGUUUGGAGGCUUACUCCCAGGAGCAGAAGAAGAGGAUCUGCUGGUGUCUGGCUGAGAACAUCACCAAGCAGCAGCAUCCGGCAGCGGCUCCUACGGAGAGCAAGAUGCUGGAGACGGACGCCGAGAAGCCGGGGCAGAUGCACUCGGAGGAUGGGAAGGCAGCAGUGGGUGAUGCCCCUCCGGCUGCCAAGGCAGCGGCUCUGGCCGAGCCCUGGGACGCUCUGGGGGCCACCCAGGCUCCUCUCCUGGUGGAAAAGCAGCCGGUGGCCACCACAAAGGGAGAGGAGCAGCCCAGCUCCCUGCCAGCCUUUGUCAUCCCCGAGCUGCGUCUCGACAGCACCUUCAGCCAGAGCGCGGCGGGCACGGCAGGCAGCGCCACGGACGGCGAGGACGACGAGGAGGAUGAGGAGGAAGAUGAGGAUGAGGAGGACGAGGAGGAGGACAGCGACGAGCAGUACCUGGACAGGAACGAGCUGAAGCGCAGCAGCAUGAUCGAGACGUCGGGCGGGCAGCCCGGCUACACCCUGAGCGUGCAGGGGUCCCUGCGGCGCCGCACCCACAGCGAGGGCAGCCUCCUGCAGGAGGCCAAGGGCCACUGCUUCACCUCGGACAGCACCCUCCACUGUCCCGACAGCCAGGGCACCGCCGCACACUGGGCACUGCCCUCCCCCAGGACCCUCAAGAAGGAGCUGGUCAAGAACGGCGGCUCCAUCCACCAGCUCACGCUGCUCUUCUCGGGCCACAGGAAGCUGAGUGGAGCAGACCCUGAGUGCAGCUGUGACGAAGGGGAUGAGACCUCCCGCAAGAAACGCAGCAGGAGCCUAGCCAAGGACAUGAAGAACCGGCUGGGGAUCUUUCGGCGGCGGAACGAGUCCCCCGGGGCCAACCCCUCCGGCAAGCUGGACAAAGUGCUCAAAUCCCUCAAGCCCACUCCCGAGGAAGCGCUCAAGUGGGGGGAUUCCCUGGAGAAGCUGCUGCUGCACAAAUACGGGCUCGCCGCCUUCAGGGCCUUCCUGCGCACCGAGUUCAGCGAGGAGAACCUGGAGUUCUGGCUGGCCUGUGAGGAGUUCAAGAAGAUCAAAUCCCAGUCCAAGAUGGUCUCCAAGGCCAAGAAGAUCUUCGCUGAAUACAUUGCCAUCCAGUCCUGCAAGGAGGUGAACCUGGACUCCUACACACGGGAGCACACCAAGGAGAACCUGCAGAACAUCACCCGCAGCUGCUUCGACCUGGCGCAGAAGAGGAUUUAUGGGCUCAUGGAGAAGGACUCGUACCCCCGCUUCCUCCGCUCCGACCUGUACUUGGACAUAAUCAACCAGAAGAAAGGCAGCUCCCCGCUGUAGGCCCAAGGACUGUCUCGGGGCAGGCUGGGAGCUGUGUGUUUACAUGGAAUUGGGCAGUGGAGGCCUUCCUGGGAGCUGGUGGGAGCUCGUUGUCCCGCUCCGUACGGACACAGGGCAGCUGAAGGAGCUCGGGGCCGAGGGGACCGACAGGCCGAGCAGUCUGGUACUGCUGCAGCACCCCGUCCCACCAUCGCUGGUACGACGCCUUCGGGGUGGCCCCGGCGUGGAUUUAGCCAGGAGGAAGCUCCCACGAGACUACUGUGAAGCACCUGUCCCGGCCACGAGCGCUGCUGGAAGGCGGAGAGCGAGCCCGGCUCGGCGAGGAGGAGGGCUUCUCGUGCAGGGCUCUGGCAAGGGGACAACAGCACCGACACAAACAUCAAAACAUCAGCCUGGAUUAAACCUUGUGAACUGGAGCAGUCCCGGGAUGCUGCUGUGCUUCCCUGAGCCGCGGGGCCGUCCCGGAGCAGCUCUGGCCGGAGCCCGGCGCUUCCCUGGCUCGUGGUGGGUCCCCCCGGGAGCAGCGAGAGCCGGGUCCUGGCCCUGCGCUGGGGAUGUGCCAAGCACCCCCUCCUGCCCUCACCCCUGGUUUAUUUAUUGCCCUCCUGUAGCUGGACACGUUGCUGUGCGAUAGGAAACCCCCGUGUCCUCCCCGUUCCCAAGUUACAAGUGCAAUAUUUGUGUGUGUCGCGGCCGAGUUCUCCGGCGGAGCGGAUGCCUUUUUCUUUUUCCAGGUGUGUAGAUUUUUGUAAGGCAGCAGGUUUUGUGUGCCAGACCCAUUCCCUGGCAGCGGGCCGCUGGGGGAGCCUGGUGUAAAUAUCAAUAUAUCCAUGCCCUGACGACGGAGGGGUUGGUGAUGGAGAAAAGCAACUCUGUGCAGCAGCCGCUCUCCUGACUCUGGAUAACAAUGCUGUGUUUGGGAAGCACUGCCUCCCAGUUUACAGUGCAAAGCAUCUCUGCAGCUAGAAAAAAAACCUACAUUGUCAUGGUCAUAGGUAAAUAAAAGGAGAAUAUCAUUUCUUGUA